UGUGGUUGUUUUAUAAUGGCGGACAGUCGAGUUUUACAUAUUCACUGUCAGGCGGACUGUCAAUCUUACCGCGCUCUGACGAAAACCUGAGGGGAAAAAAAACGACUUUUAACCGAAAAUAAAUGUUAAAAACGACAAAUAGUGUAACCUGUAAAUGGGCAUUAAUAUUUCGAUAAUUCGAUCAAAACAAAUCCGUAACAUCCUGUAAGACCCGCCUGAUCGCUAGAUGAUGUAAAAGGAGGGAACUUGAGUGUUUUACGAUGCUUGUUCAACUCCUGCGGUUAACCGUUGCUAAUAUAAACAUGAGCCUUCAAAGUUAAUACGAUAUUAUCAUUUCAACACUGCAGAUGAGUGAUUGUGUUGGAAGUUCACAUGAAAAAGAGCUCGCAGUUAAUCAUUUGGCUUGAUAUUGAUGGUGAGAAGGCUGCCAAAGGCAAGGAGGAGCCAACAAGACGCUCCGCAAGGUUGUCUGCUAAACCAGCUCCUCCUAAACCAGAACCAAAGGCCAAAAAAGCCGCCCCCAAGAAGGCAGCCAAGGGGAAGAAGGGCAGCAACCCUGCUGAAAAUGGAGACGCCAAGGCAGACCAGGCACAGAAGGUUGACGCUGCUGGCGAUGCCAAAUGAGAAGCUAACGAGUGUCUGAUCCUUCUAUGUACUUGGUGACUGUACAGUUUGAAAUAACUAUUUUUUACCAAGUUUUAUAUUAAGAAUAACAUUUAUAGUUGACUUGUUGACUUGCUUUUUAUGUGCUGAUUGAUUUGACAGGAGUUACUAUAUUUCAUUCAUAUCCAUUUGUA